AUGGAGUCAGCAGCUUGGCUUACGGCCCCGAUUCAGUUGACUGGGAGCCGUGCAUUCACUUGUGAUGGCUUCACCGAGGCGCAAUGUUCCUGGUAUACGAAAAGAUGGCAUUUUUGGUACAUUGCGGACCACGUCUACGCUUUGCCCACGGUAGCCUUCUUCAUGAGUGGCAUUGGACUCUUCGCAAUCGGCCACUUGAUAUCCUACUACGUUAUUGGUCUUGCUUUCCCGAUAUUCCGUGGACCUAGACCCUGGCGUAUGUUGAUUGCCAUGAUCAGAUAUCUUUCAUAUCGUGGAUUCCAUGUUGCAUCACUUGGAUUCAACUCGGCUCCCAUAGGAGUCCUAUUACUGGGGCUUGUUGGAACCAUAUUCUUUUUUUGCAUGGACUUAAUACCUCAGCCGUACUAUUGGCCUUCGUUAGACUUUGGCGGCUCACCACCAUUGGGAACAAGAUCCGGAUGGUUGGCUUUGGGGUGCAUGCCAUUUGUGUUUGCUACGGCAACCAAGACAAACUGGAUUACCUUACUGACAGGUGUCUCGCACGAAAGACUCCAAGUAUUCCAUCGAUGGAUAGCUUACGCCUUUUUUGUGCUCGCGCUCUUGCACACAUUCCCGUUUAUCGUUUAUCAUAUCAGAUUCCACGAUAUGCAGAUGCAUUUUGAAAUGAGCCUUUUGUUCUAUUGGACAGGCAUCGUCGCCUUGAUUUUUCAAGCUUGGCUUACGUUUGCAUCUCACAGUGCCAUUCGAAAGCUGUUGGGAUAUGAAUUUUUCAAGGCUACGCACUUCUUUGCCGUUGUCAUAUUCAUGCUUACUUUCUUUUGGCACUGCGACUACACCCUGACAUCCUGGCACUACUUCAUAGGAACAGCCGCGGUAUAUGUGCCUUGCUAUGUCUACCCCUGGCUACGAACCUGCUUUGAGUAUGGUGUUCGGGCAAAGGCCCAUGUUAAAGUAGAAGACAACGGUUUCGUCCGUGUCACUAUCCCCGCAAACUUCACAUGGGAAAUUGGACAGCACUGCUUCCUACGCUUUACUGGUUUUGGGAUUGCAGAAGCCUUGUCAGCGCAUCCAUUUACGAUUUGCUCUUUACCAACGUCUUCAGGCAACCAGUCGUUCCUUGUCUUUUAUCUCAAGAGACACAAAGGUUUCACAGCAAAGUUGUAUGAACAUGCCUUGCAAAAUCCAGGAGCCCAAGUUUCAGUGAUGGUGGAUGGACCAUACGGAGGCAUCAAUACACAGUCUUACGUGAACAGCAGCCAUCUCGUUGUCAUCGCGGGAGGUUCUGGAGCCGGAUGGACCUUGCCUUUUAUCGAGCAGUAUAUCGUAAUCCACACAGCUAAGCGCGAUGGAGAUCGCAAAGGAGACCAGGCGGACAAAUGCCUGUUUUCAUCACUACGUGUGAUACUAGCAAGUCGAGAUAUCGAGAGCUGCAACUGGUAUCGACAAGUUGUGAGCGAAACCUUGCUGAAGUACUCAGACAGAAUGGUCCCUGGAUUGAAUGUGCAGCUCUAUCGUACUGGUGGGGCCAUACAAGAAUCAACCCUCCCAUCGAAUAGUAGCUUAGUGCCUGGGAAACACGAAUCGGGGAUCGAGAAGGGGACAGAAAUUUCGGUAUCAUUCGACGAACUGCAUGGUCGUCCCGACUUACCAGGGGUGGUAAAAGGGGUGGCAAACGAGAUGACAUCUACAGACUCGCUUGGCGUGUACGUUUGCGGUCCAGAUACUAUGCAGAAUGAUGUUCGAAACACUGUCGCAUCUCUAAACUUGGAUGUUCUUAGGGGCGUAGACUCUGCAGGGGCUUACUUGCAUUCCGAACACUUCUCUUGGGCAUAA